AAAAACACGACAGGUUUAUUUGGUGGUGUGCAACUGUGGAGAAAAACUGGAACGAAAAAAUUGAUUUUUGCGUUAUUCAACCACCCAGGUGUGUACUAUUUGUGGCUGUAGUGCAGCUUCUCGGUGAAAAACAGCGCUAGAAAGAUUCGUUCGCCAAAACGAAUCGACAGAAUUAGCGAAACAGCGCGUGGAAACUUCGCCAAGGUUCUAGAACAAACCGCAUUGGCGUUUGUCGCGGGUUGCGAGAAAAGGAGUGCAAGUGUGUGUGACAAAUAAUAAAGCAAGCAGACAAGUGACAGACGUACUUCGAGACAGACAUACGCAAGUACAGUAAAGGAAAGGAGAAAAAUGUCGUCACAACAGGAACAACCACAACAACAACAGCCUACUGUGCGGCACAUUCCGAUUUUCGUUGAAGGUCGUUCCGAACCGCUGAUAAAUACGACACCCGAAUCGCAACCUUCACAGCCAUCCCAGCACCAUCAAUCGGCUGGCAUGGAGGGCCCGAACAUGGAAAUGCCAAAUCGGAACGAUUUCUUUAAACACGGAACAAUUUUCGAUCGGGCGCGUGAUAUCCCUGUGCGAUCGAACUUUCCAGGCUUCCAGGGAUUCGAAUUUAAGCGCGAAGCAUCACCCGGUGCUAGCAGAACGUCUCCCUUCCCAGAUAUCUCCAACCAUAUGUGGCCCGAGUCGGAUCCAAUGAAUGCUAAUGUGCCUCGUGGAACAUCGAUUCCUAGACAAACGCCUUCGCCUUCGGCCGCUCAUCAGCAGCAGCAGCAGCAACAGCAAAAGCAAAACACGGCCAAUUCCCAACCGCAACAACAUGUGCCCCGGGCAACGCAAACACAGCCGCAACCGCAAACACAUCCGCAACCGCAACCACAGCAGCAACAGCCGCAGCAACAGCAUCCUGCUGGGCAGGAUCAACCGGACUGCCGUCCAAAGAUGUCGACUAAGGAAGAUCCGAUCACGAAAAUUCAAAAGAUCCAAAAAGAUGUUCUCGCCAUCUUCGAUCAGGUGGAACAUUUCAAGGGUGGCAAGGAGGGCAAGAAAGACAAAGCGUACAUUUAUCUGGACGAGAUGUUGACGCAGAACCUGCUGAAGCUGGACUCAAUCGAUGCCGAGGAUCAGCCCCAGAUUAAGUCCGCCCGGAAGGAAGCGAUUAAAAGCAUAAACACCUGCAUCGCGGUACUGGAGGCAAAGGCCGAAGCAGGUGCUAGUGGGAGCGCCAAUGCUAGCACCGGCUCUAUCGGGCAUGCAGCCAGCAGUAAUGGUAUCGACGCAAACGGCACGGCGCAGUCUCCCUCGAAUACUUCAAUUCCUCACUCAUCAUCCAAUUCUAGUCAACGGCAGGCCCCGAAUGAAGCACCGAAGCAGUAGUGAACCCCUUCCUCCGUGAAGGUGUGUCCCGAUUUGCCGCCACUCCCACGGUGGGAUUCGCUCUAGAACGAUUUCAAAGAAGUGAAAUUCUACACGAUCAUCACCCUCGAUGCAGCAUCAGUUCAUGGGACAUGGAACAGUUUAAAUGUGCGUGCGUUACUUUAUCCAUUUAUAUCACUGUUCGAUCGAGGAUGUGCUUGAGUUUUUUGAUCCUCCUUGUGUCAUAUGGUACUGAUAUCCAUGGCAGCUCGUUCUGCAUGAACAGACACUUUUUUCGCUUUGUCUUAACCGUCCUGAUCGUCCAAGAUCAUAUGUUUCUCUAUCCCUGCUUACAUUUUCACAGCCAUUCGACGAGGCUAACAAAAGAAACAAAUUCAAGAAUCCCAGCCUCAGUACCAAUCGUUGUGGUCAAUGAUUCGAAUUGUCUAGAAAUAAGAUUGAUGGUCAAAACAAGCAAAUUAAGUUUAUUUCUUCUUCGUUUGGUUUGAUCAACGGUGAGUCAUCCAAGCGCGAUAGGUUGGAAUCCUUUACUGGUGCUUCUUCUGAAAGGGGCUCGCACUAUAUUUAUGCUUUAUAUGUAUUAUAAUAGCAGCUAGUAGAAUGGACAGGAAAAGCUUGAAUUGAAGAGAAGACAGAAAAAAGGCUACAAACAAGCGGAUAUGGUCGUAGCAUGUAUUAAAAUGGCACUUCAUUAACGCUUAGGGGCGCACACACAGUGAAUAGGAUUUGGUUAGGAGCACGGAUCCAGUGACCUUCGUGCAAUCAAAAUGUGAACAUAGAUUGGAGACAUAUUUAUUUUUCUUAUUUUUAGUUAGUAAGUAACGAGUAACGGCAAACAUUUCACACACUUUCGUUAGGGUUUGAUGAACAGUAGAUGGCAAAGCAAGUAGCGGUGAAAGAUUGAAGAGAUUGUAGGACGCAGCGGUGGAAAGUUUCGGCAAAACUAGAUACAGAAACUACAGAGAAAACUACAUCGAUAACAAUGAUAACGAAUAUUAACAAAUUUGUAACGGUAGCUGUGGACUGGCCCCGUUGACGCGGCAAGUUGGCGACAAUUACUGCGUGUGGAAAUCAUGCCCGUGCCAUGGGACAAGGAUACAAUGCAACCAUUUAACCGUGAAUAACUUUGAACGAUAUAAUUUUAAUAAUAAAAACACUCACACAGUUUGUUUAAAUAGACAAUAAACAUUCAACAUCUCUUUGAUGCGUUAUUCGACGGGUAGCGUUAGUUUUGUUAGUUAUUUUGGACGAGCGCCAGGGUACUAAACUUUAUGCCCAACUAUAUGUAUCGUACUAAUUGAUUUUCUGUUACGCUUUCACACGCUGUGCCAUCUUCAGCUGACAGUGAAGAUAUGGAAUAAAGUUAAUGGUUACACUUAA